AUGUACUUCCGGUAAAAAACCGGACGUGGAAACGGACGACCGGUGCUUCAACGUGAACAACAUCACCUGUGGAAAAUGUUGGCUGAUUGCCUUUUAAUCGUAUUCAUAUCACUAUGUACAGCAUCUCUUGGAGAGGGAUUGACAUGGCUUUUGGUGUACAGAACAGAAAAAUACAAGAAGCUGAAGGCUGAAGUGGAGAAGCAGAGCAAGAAAUUGGAAAAGAAAAAGGAAAUUGGUGAUGCAACAGACCGCAGUCAAAAGAAAAAAUUAGAGAGACAAGAAGAAAAGCUCAAGAACAACAACAGAGAUUUAUCAUUUGUGAAAAUGAAGUCCAUGUUUGCAAUAGGUUUUGCUUUCACAGCUUUACUUAGUAUGUUCAAUUCCAUAUUUGAUGGCAGAGUGGUGGCCAAGCUGCCGUUCACACCCAUCUCCCUGCUACAGGGGAUAUCCCACAGGAACCUGGGAGGGGACGAUUACACUCAUUGCUCAUUUAUCUUUCUCUACAUCCUGUGUACCAUGUCUGUAAGGCAGAACAUCCAGAAGGUGCUUGGCCUUGCUCCAUCCCGAGCUGCUAGUAAGCAGGCUGGAGGGUUGUUUGGUCCUCCCCCUCAGCUGUCAAAGUGAUGCCGACAAUUCUCAUCCCAUAUCAUUUCCACUGGCAGACAAAACUCCACCUAUAUGUUUUAGAAUAGGAACAUUUAUAUGGUAUUUUUAAUACCUGUCCAAUUAUUUUGUCAAAGUAUUGUUCUAUAUCUCAACACUAUUUAAUAACCUUUGAAAAUCUGUUUUGUUAUUGUGCAAUUGAUGUUCUGAAUGAGGUGUGUUUGAAUGUAUGAGCUGACCAGUUUCAGACAUUAAGAGUUUAACAUCAAUAUAGCGUAUAUACUGUUCAUGAUAUUGUAUGAAUGUUCUUUUUCUUCAUUUAUAAUCAGAGAUAGUGCAAUAUUCCGGUAUUAUAUAGGAUUGCAGCUACCAUGUCCGAUACCUUGAUGAUUUCAAUGAAAUGUUAACUUUUUGUAAAGACACCAAAAAACUCAAAUCUGCUUGUCAGGCACACCACACAAGCAGUUUAAUGUUGUGGAACAAUUGUAUCAACGGGACUACAUCAAGAAUGUCAAAGUGAAUAAUUUUUAGUCGAGUCAGAUAUGUUGGUGUGUGGUCAGUUAAUGUAAGUCUCUGUAUUUAAAGAAAUAAAAUAUAAAUAUUA